AUGGAGUUGACUUCACUAUACGUUUCCAAUUUACCAAAUUCAAAGGGUAGAUUCAACACGGUUCCACUUUCUUCGUCUUCUUGUUGGCUCUGCAAGUCGCAAGCUAAGCGAAUCACUAAACUGAAACUCAGGGAAGGGUCGAAUCGUGGGUUGUUUCGUGUACAUGCUCUGUUUCACAACGAGGAGAGACCAAGUGAAAGCGAGGAUGGUAAUAAGUUCGGUUUUUUUCCUGCGGAUGUUUUCUCUUUGUCUCAGGAGAAGUUUGGAAGUAAACUAAGUGGUGAAAAGGAUAAUCAUAAUAUAAUCGAUGUGGAGGCGUCUGUUGCACUUCCUCCUCAUGGUGGAGGAACUCGAGCUGGGCUCUUUAGAACUCCGAUUUCCGGUGGUGUUCAAAGUGCUACCUCUGCUCAUGGUUUACCUCGACCGGCUUUAGCUGUUAGGAACUUGAUGGAGCAGGCCAGGUUUGCUCAUCUAUGCACAGUGAUGUCUAGAAUGCACCAUCGUAGAGAAGGUUACCCGUUUGGAUCUUUAGUAGAUUUUGCGCCUGAUUCGAUGGGGCACCCGAUAUUCUCAUUUUCACCGUUGGCUAUUCACACUCGUAAUAUCUUGGCUGAACCUAGAUGCACACUCGUUGUUCAGAUACCUGGAUGGAGUUGCUUAUCGAAUGCAAGAGUAACAUUAUUCGGCGAUGUGUACCCAUUGCCAGAAAAUGAGCAAGAAUGGGCCCAUAAACAGUACAUUGCAAAACAUCACGAAGGACCUUCCCAACAAUGGGGAAACUUUCACUAUUUUAGAAUGCAGAACAUAAGUGAUAUAUAUUUCAUUGGAGGUUUUGGUACUGUCGCGUGGGUCAAUGUCCACGAAUACGAGACUCUUCGACCUGAUAAGAUAGCUGUUGAUGGUGGUGAGGAAAAUCUAAAGGAACUAAAUGCAAUCUUCUCAAAGCCACUUAGAGAGUUACUGUCUAUCGAAUCCGAGGUAGACGAUGCUGCUAUUAUCUCUAUAGACAGCAAAGGAAUCGAUAUAAGAGUUCGUCAAGGUGCUCAGUUUAACAUACAAAGGCUAGCCUUUGAGGAAAGUCAUGGUGUUGAAAACUUAGAAGAAGCCAAAUCUGCAUUGUGGAAAGUGAUAGAGAAGGGCAAGUUGCACAAUUUUCAGAAAUGA